AUGCAGGGUGGUUGGGAUCGUGUCACUGAUGAGAUCCCUAAGGAAAUGGACAAGCAACUUGCUCAGGCAUUUGACAAUGUUGAGCAUACAUUGAAGGAAGCUGGCGGCACAGGCUGGGAACAGGUCUACAAAAUUCGUGCUUAUUUUGCGCCAUUGGACAUGACAGAAAGUGGCAUUCUUAUUGACCUUCUCCGCAAGUAUUGUCCCAAUCAUCAGCCAACCAUGACCGCUGUUGGCGUGGAAAAACUAGCCUUCGAAAAUAUGCGUGUCGAGAUAGAGGUUUCUGCCUAUCUGGGUUCCUAA